GCUGCCGUUGCAGCUGCGCAGGCGGCAGUGGCCGUUGUGAGGCUUACAAGCCAGGGCAGAGGGACAAUGUUUGGUGGCGGGCGGGAAAAGUGGGCCGCGAUAAAGAUCAGACUGUUUUCCGGGGAUAUUUGGCAAAAAAGGCUCUUCGAGCUCUGAAGGGACUAGUAAAGUUGCAGGCUCUUGUUAGAGGUUAUCUGGUGCGUAAGCAAGCCACUGCAACUCUUCACAGUAUGCAAGCUCUCAUAAGAGCCCAGGCCACCGUCCGAGCCCAGAAAACUCGUGCUCUCCUCAACAAAGAGCACAGAUAUCCACCGCGUAAAUCCAUUGAAAUAUUUGACAAAACCAGAAGCGAACACACAGCGUCCAUUCACAGUCGGAGGCUAUCGGCAUCCAUCGAGACUGCAAUUAACACCUUUGAAGAGAGUCCUAAAAUCGUUGAGAUCGAUACAGGAAGACCCAAGUCGAGAUCUCGUAGAAUAAACACCUCAAUGUCGGAAUGCGGAGAAGACCCACCUUACCAAACGAUUUCUUCUCCUUUGCCGUGCCAAAGUCCAGUUCGUGUGUGUGACGUGGCGCGUCCGGCAAGUCAUGGAAGUGAACGCUCGCAUGCUUUAGCCGUUCACACGAUUCGGAGACGCGUGGCGCGUCCUCCGAAUGCACGAACGGUGCCCUGACUAAGUGUGCCUGGACUGAAGCCGAACUCGAAUACUUGGAGUUUGGAGAACGGUACUUGCAGUUGGUCGCCGCUGUUAACAAUUGCCGGUACUGGCUCUUGGUCGCCACCGGUUGAAGAGGGAGAGAGUGAGCGUGAAUAGGAUUUGGUUCGGUGUAGCGAGAGAAUGAGAGUGAGAGGAGUCUGGCGAGAGAGGAGAAUGAAACGAAUGAAAUUAAUGGUAUUUACUCUCUCUCGCACGUUUGAAGUAUACGCAUGCGACAAAGAACACAUAGCGCGUCCUCGUGCUGCGCGUAUAUACUUUGCCAGUUUGCCCAAAUAGAAGCCGAACUCGGGGUUUGUUUUUCUUUUCCAAGUUCCAACUAAGAUUGUUGGGGAACCCUGUGUUUGGAGUUUGGACCACAUCCUGACUCGUCAUAGACGAAUUUAUUAUUAUUAUUAUU